AGACACUGGAGCAACUUCCUUCUGGGCUGAGAGAUUUCAAAUCAAAUUCUUCUUUAACCCCUCCCGCCUUGGGCUCCUGCCUCCUACCUGGUCAUGGAAGGCGAAGCCGCAGCAGCCACCGCCAAGGGGCCAAGGUCAGCCCCGUGUGCAGCAGAGCCUUUAUAUAGCCUGGGAGAGCGCCUGGCCUUCCUUUGACACCUCGGCUGGCUGGGCACCCUUUCCAUCAUGUGGCAGGCGCUUCUGGCAUACAAGAACUAUCUCAUUGGCGUACUGACGCCCCUGGUCUUCCUCCCUCUGCCUCUGGCCCUCCCUUACAAGGAAGCCCAAUGUGGCUACACCAUCAUCGUGAUGGCCGUCUUCUGGUGCACGGAAGCCCUGCCCCUGGCGGUGACUGCUCUCUUCCCCGUCCUCUUCUUCCCCCUCAUGGGCAUCAUGGACUCCACCACGGUGUGCAUGGAGUACCUGAAAGACACCAACAUGCUCUUCAUUGGGGGUCUCCUGGUGGCCAUCGCUGUUGAGCACUGGAACCUCCACAGGCGCAUCGCCCUGCAGGUCCUUCUCAUUGUCGGAGUCCGGCCUGCCUUGCUCCUGAUGGGCUUCAUGGGCGUGACAGCCUUCCUCUCCAUGUGGAUCAGCAACACGGCCACCACGGCCAUGAUGGUGCCCAUCGCCCAGGCCGUCCUGCAGCAGCUGCAGAAGUCGGAGCUGGAGCAGAGCGCUGCGGAGCAGGGGGUCACCCAGAACGGGACCAUCAACCGGGCCUUCGAGAUGCAGGAGGCCCCCCCACAGCAAGCCAACGGCCACCUGCAGGUGGUGGUGAAGGAGAAGGUCCCCGAGGAGGCUAAGCAGGAGCUGGAAGAAAACCUGCGGCAGCUGCAGCAGAAGCACCAGACCUUCUGCAAAGGGAUGAGUCUGGCCGUCUGCUACUCUGCCAGCAUCGGUGGCAUCGCCACCCUGACGGGCACCACCCCCAACCUGGUGCUGAAGGGGCAGAUGGACGAGCUCUUCUGCCGCAACGACAACGUGGUGAAUUUUGCCACCUGGUUCACCUUUGCGUUCCCCGCCAUGCUGGUGUUAUUGAUCCUCUCCUGGCUGUGGCUCCUCCUGAUGUUCCUGGGCUUGGACUUCAAGAAGAAUUUCGGCUGCGGCAUAAGUGAGGCAGAGAAGCAGAAGUCCAGGCAGGCCUACAGCAUCAUCAAGAGCGAGUACCGGGCAUUGGGCCGGAUGAAGUUCUCUGAGGUGGCCGUCCUCAUCCUCUUCAUCGCCUUGGUGGUCCUUUGGUUCACCCGGGAGCCCGGCUUCAUGCCCGGCUGGGCCAACACCCUCUUCAGCCAGAGGGGCAAGAGCCACAUCACGGACGCCACUGUGGUCAUUUUCAUCUCAUUGCUGAUGUUCCUGAUCCCCUCCGAACUGCCCAGAUGUUCUUCCGGGGCCCAGCAGGAAGGCAGCCCGGGACAGAUCCGCGCGCCCCCCGCCCUUCUGGACUGGACCACCGUCAACCGGCACAUGCCCUGGAACAUCGUCAUCCUCCUGGGAGGGGGCUUCGCCUUGGCCAAAGGCAGCGAGGUCUCCGGCCUGUCCAGCUGGCUGGGGAACAAGCUGACCCCUCUGCAAAACAUCCCCCACCCGGCCAUCACCUUCCUGCUCUGCCUGCUGGUGGCCGUCUUCACCGAGUGCACCAGCAAUGUGGCCACCACCACCCUCUUCCUGCCCAUCCUGGCAUCCAUGGCCCAGGCCAUUGAGCUGAAUCCCCUCUACGUGAUGCUGCCCUGCACCCUCGCAGCCUCGCUCGCCUUCAUGCUGCCCGUGGCCACUCCGCCCAACGCCAUCGUCUUCUCCUACGGCAACCUCCGCGUCAUCGACAUGGUCAAAGCCGGGUUUAUGCUGAACAUCCUGGGCGUCCUGACUAUCAUGCUGGCCAUCAACACCUGGGGCUUCCCCAUGUUCAACUUGCACCAGUUUCCAGCCUGGGCACACGUCAAUGCCACCCACUGCUGACAGGAGGAAGAGGGUCACCCGAACUCAGAGCAGCUUGCCCAGCCCUGAGCUGGUUUCUUGGGCAUCCCGUUGCCUCGCCUCUGGGGGCACAACGUAGCUCAGACUGGCCCGGCCCUUGAGGAUGGGCAUGGGUACGUUGGGCACCUUCGAGCACCAGCCUCCCUUGCCCUGAAGGAUGUCCGGCCUGCCGUGUGCCAGCGAGUGAGAAUUUAUUUCCUGUCUAAGCAGCAACCCUGGAGGCUGCCUGGCACAAGGCUUGGGGGCUGCCAGUGUGCCCACAGGUGGAGCAGCUUCUGCAGAGCAUCUCUGUGCCAGCCACAAUCAUUCUCAAAGUGCCCCCUACGGGCCAGGCCCCCAACAUCUGCAUGCAGCUGCAUGCCCAGAACCCGGCCUGGCGUUUCCCUCUCAGCUGGGCUGCAGAGUCUCAGGCCAAGGCCAGGGCCGGCCCCUGGGCUCCCUCCGGACACAAGGAGACAGGAAGGCGGUCAAAUAAACCGGUUUUCAGCCAGACCUUCCUGGGCAGAUGCCACUUUGUGGGAAUUUCAGGGCCUAGAAAACACAGGCAGUUCUCGAUUAACCACAAUUUCCAUUGCUAAGCGAGACAGUUGCUAAGAGAAUUCUGCCCCAUUUUAUGACCUUUUUUGCCACAGUUGUUAAGCGAAUCCGGCUUCCCCAUUGACGUUGCUUGUUAGAAGGUCGCAAAAGGGGAUCACAUGACCCCCUGGGACACUGUAACUGUCAUACAUGUGAGUCAGUUGCCAAGUGUCUGAAUUUUGAUCCUGUGAUCGAAAGAAUGAAUAAUGGUCAUAAGGAAACGUGCUGGGGAGGGGGGUCUCUAGCCCUGCAGUGGGAAAUCGGCCCCUGUUCAGGAAAGAGAAUUGCCAUUUGCACCCCCAACUCCCUAUUGGGCAGGCAUGGGGCGAGGGCUCCCCCCAGGGAAGCAGCAGGGGCCUCCAACCCUGGGCACCUUCAGAAGUCCCACUACCUGUUAGAAGAUCAGCCGCCUCAUCCAGAAGAUCCCAAAAGGUUUGGGGUGCAGGAUGAGCCCCAGCAUUCAGUUCCUCCCAAGGCCUCAAAUGCCUUCAAAGAACAGCAUCCCAGGGACCUUGGAGGGCAUCUAGUCUAACCCCCAGCCCAACAGGAGACUUCCCAGGCAAACGACUGUCCAAUCUCUUCUUAAAAACCUUCAGGGAGGGAGCUCUCACAACCGUCCACGGAGUAAUUUUUAAUUACUAAUCAAUCCAUCAAUCAAUCAAUCGUUCCCAUGGCCAGGAAAUCCCUCCUUAAUUCUAGAUUGGAUUUUUUUCUUCCACCCAUUGCCUUUCCUUCCUUCUUCCCUUCCCUUCCUUCCUUCCUUCUUCCCUUCCCUUCCCUUCCCUCCUUCCUUCCUUCCUUCCUAUCUCCCUCCCUCCCUAAAUCCUAGUCUGCCUGUAUGUCCUAGGGCUGGAAGAUACCUCGGAGGUCAUCCAGUCCAACCCCCUGCUCAAGGCAGAAGUCCUCAUACCAUCCCAGUUCAAAAUGCUAUUUUUGAAAGCCUCCAGUGAUUUGAUGCUGGGCUGGAGAACAUGAGAACUGGGGCCGUCUGCCAAACCCACUUUCACCAGGAGGGGGUGCUGCAGAGUUCCCAGGCACCCCAUACAGAAUCUACAAUGGGUUGUAGCCCCAACCCGCCUCUCUGUUUCCCGUUGUAAAACAGCAGGAUUGGGAGGGGGCCUUAAGUCCAUCCCUGUUCUGAUCCUUCCCCCACCCCCCAGUCAUCUCCAGGAAAGAAAUGCACCUGUGUCCCUCACGCCACACAUCUAGAUUGCAGAAAAUAUGACUUCUCUAACAGAAUCAUCAGUGCUUGGAAUACUUUACCUGACUCUGUGGUCUCUUCCCAUAAUUCCAAAAGCUUUAAUCAAAAACCUUCUAAUAUUGACCUCACCCCAUUCCUAAGAGGACCAUAAGGGGUGUGCAUAAGCGCACAAACGUGCCUACCGUUCCUGUCCUAUUGUUCUUUUUUCUUUUCUUCUUCCUAUAUAUAUAUAUUGAUGCUUAUACCUCCUAAUAUUUACUCAUAUAUAUGUUUAUAUACUAUAUAAUCCUUUUUAUAUGAUGUUGUGACAAAAAUAAAUAAAUAAAAUAAAUAAAUAAACACA